UAGAGAUAAUUUGCCCAGGGAGGGGGUUGGUGCCUUUAGUGAGGGUUACUCAGUCAUUAGAAGCCAGAUUGGUGUUAAACUGUUAUUUGCUGCUGCGAUAUCGGGUCGCUGGUAAAUUACCGAAAUCAGACUGUCUCUUCGCCCCACUCCCUCGUUUCUCUCUCUUCCUCCUCGCUCUGUUAUUUGCAAUGUAUGAAACUUGCAUGGCUGGGAGGAGAGAACCGAGUCAGUGUAGGUUUGCAAUGGGGGAGGAAGGGAGGGAAUAGCAUUGAUCCUGGGAUCUGUAAAACAGCAGGUUUGUGUUUAGAAAUAUCUUUUUACAGCCCGCUGCCGCUGAACAAGGAAGGUAAAAUGAAACGAUGCAAAAAGAAGCUGAGACAACAUGUACGACAGAGCGAGUGAGAGGCACAGACAAGCUAUUUUUUGCUUUCCUUUUCUGUAGAAAGGGGAAAGAAAAUGCCUGGGUCUCUCCCACUCCCUGUGAGCAAUGGCUUGCUGCUUUUAUUUUAACUGUGUGAGGGGCAAAUUAGCGACUUCUCACGAGAGGAUCUUGUUUAAAAGUUUUUAAGAGGUCACUAUCACAUGACAAAGGCUUUGAGACAGCUUCAUCUUCCUCUGUCUGUAAUUUCCAUUUGCCUUCCCGGGUUUCAGUUUCUUGUGAUGUCAUAAUCCUACUAGUUCUCCAGGCUGCCGAGACUCUUCAUCCAGCAGCAGGUCACAGUAAUGAAAGGCAGUAAUCGGAAUAAGGAUCAUUCAACAGAAGGAGAGGGAACUGGGAAACGACCAAAGAGAAAGUGUCUUCAGUGGCAUCCACUACUUGCAAAGAAAAUCCUUGACUUUUCUGAAGAGGAGGAGGAAGAAGAGGAAGAAGAAGAUAUCGAUAAGGUCCAGCUUCUUGGAGCUGAAGGUCUAGAGCACGAUGCUGAUGAAACAGAAGAUGAUGAAUCCUCAGAGCAGCGAGCCCGCAGGCCAAUGAACGCAUUUCUCUUAUUUUGCAAACGUCAUCGCUCUCUUGUGCGUCAGGAGCACCCCCGUCUGGACAAUCGUGGUGCUACCAAGAUAUUGGCAGAUUGGUGGGCUGUCCUAGACCCGAAAGAAAAGCAGAAAUACACUGACAUGGCCAAGGAGUACAAAGAUGCAUUUAUGAAGGCAAAUCCUGGCUACAAGUGGUGCCCUACAACAAACAAACCUGUGAAAACCCAGUCAUCCACUGUUACAAACAGGAAAAAGCUAUGGGCCUUCCCACCAGAAUCUGCAAAAGAUUUACCAAGUCCCAAGAAAGUGGCAAAGAAUGAAGAAAUGCCUCAGCUGAACUUUGGAAUGGCAGAUCCUACGCAGAUGGGAGGCCUGAGUAUGCUGCUUUUAGCAGGGGAACAUGCCCUGACUGCACAAGAAGUUUCCUCGAAUACUUGCCAGUCUGAUGCAUCUAAUUCUACUGAAGCAUGUCGGAAGUCACCAUUGUUCCAGUUUGCAGAGCUCUCUUCAAGCCCAUCACAACCUGAUGCCCCGGCGACUGCAAAACAAACAGAGGAAUCAGCACUGUUUCAAUUUGCGGAGGUAUAACAA